GAGAAACUCGACAAUCGAAGAAUUUAUCAGAUUUUUUAACUCCGAUUGAAUUUCCUCCGUCUCCGAACAACUACUUCGCCCAAAUCUACGUGAAUAAUGGCUACGCCAAUGAUUGCAGGUGCUGCUGUAGCUGCAGCUGCUUAUGCUGGUAGAUAUGGUAUAUUGGCUUGGCAAGCGUUCAAGGCAAGACCACGUGUUCCUAGAAUGCGCAGGUUUUAUGAAGGUGGUUUCCAAAGUUCUAUGACACGCCGAGAAGCUGCUCUCAUUCUUGGUGUUAGGGAGAGUGUUGUGGCAGAGAAGGUGAAGGAAGCUCACCGGAGAGUGAUGGUUGCAAACCACCCGGACGCUGGAGGCAGUCACUAUCUGGCUUCUAAGAUCAAUGAAGCCAAAGAGAUGAUGCUUGGAAAAUCCAACAACACCGGGUCUGCCUUUUGAUUGUCAUGUGUCUGAUACGAACCCAACAGAACUUUCCAUUGAUUUUGUUAUGAAUGUGCUACGUUUCUUUUUGUUGUUGUAUAUCAUCCUUGAAACAUUCCAAAGAACUCAUAUGAUAAAUACAAACACCAAUCUCUAUGGAGUUUUUACACUCCCAUGAGAGCAUACAAAUCCAUGUGUGACUGUAGCAGAGUGAAAAAAGAAAUUCGAACGAACUUU